AGAUAUGGAAACUGGAAGUUAUGUUUAGCCUAAACAUCGCGCUACUGCCGUGCCGAACUAAAUUCAAGAAUUAAAUUCGACUUAAGCACGGCAGUAACAUGACGUUUGAAACCACUCAGUUCGGCAGGCUGAAUUAAGUUCGCCACGACUACUUCGCACGGCAGGCCUUGCCAUGCCGAACGGCUGUUGUGCGACUUGGCUUCAAAAGGCGUGCUCUUGCCAUGCCGAACUGAGUUCAUGGCCUGCUGCAUCAGCUGUCGUUGCUUUUUUCAGCAUUUAAAAUGGUCUUCAGCAAAGCAAACGUCAUCCGAUCUUUGGAGCGACUGAAUUAAAUUCGACGUUUGAAACCACUGCUGUCUUUUGUCAUUCCACUGCCAAAUUCAUUUGAGUUCGGCAGUAGCUUAUGUACUUCAAACAGUUUGAUGCAAGAUGACAGAACCUAUUUCCAAUUUACCUGCACGUAAUAUUUACUAAAAUUUCUAAAAUUGCUCUUCGUUUCCAUGAAAUAAAAGGGAUCAAUGGAGAUUAAAAAAAAAAGAAAGAAAGAAUAAAGGGUGACUGCAUGGCUGUAAGGUUUUGAGUACCUUUAACACUCAUUUAAAAAACAGACAUGUUGUUUUCGUGGUUUUUAAAAUGACCACUGGAUAACAAAUUUAUCGCCUAUGCAUAUGGCUAUUUUCAUGGCAGCUGCAACUUUCCCGCCAAAUGGUUGAUAACUAAACAAAGUAGUUGUGUUGGAAACGGAUCUCAAUACAUGUCAGUCUUUAGUAGGCAGGCCAGACAUUUGGGAGCUACAAUACAAACAAAAUGACAUCGUGACGGUGACAAACUUGAAAUUAAUUGCAGAAUGUCUUAUGACUCUCUUAUGUUAUUAUAAUCUGAUCUGUACUGAAAAUUGAAUUAUUCCAUUGGUACACGAAGGUUCGGUUAUCAAGGAGAAAAUUGGUCGAUGGAAUUUACCUGCUUCCAAGGUCGUAUUGUGGGAUCAGAUAGAACAGAAUCCAAACACAACUUCCUUCACACCUGCUCUAGAAACAGAUGAAAGCUUAGUUUGAUCGUCGUUCGGGAGAAAAAAACUCUUAAUUAGUCCCUGUUUAUUUGGAACUAUUCAGCACUGGUGUAUCAGAAGAGCUGGUCGUUUGAAUAAAACGUUGACUGUGUCGAGAGACUGGGAUCACGUGUGAAAUAGAGGUCUGUUUUUUACGGCAGAAACACGUCACCCUAGGGCGUAGAGUUUCUAAAUCGAUCAUAAGAACGAUUGAAAACAGUGCGUUUUAACUGCAGAAUUGACAACGAGAAUCUACUGAACUGCCAAGACAAAAGGAGCAAUGAAAAAUUACGCUACAACGCAAAGCUUGGAGAGCAACUCAACAAGCAAUGGUUUUUCUCUGUGGUUCAACACAACCGAUAUCAAUAUGUCCCAAUGCGAAAAUAUCGGUGCAGUGGACAAAAUUGCUGGCAGUGUGGUUAACAUUGCUUUGGCGCUUUUUGGAUCGCUAGGUAACGUUCUGGUUAUUCUUGUGAUUUGGCGAACGCCAAAUUUAAGGACUAUCUGCGGUAUUUUAAUUUCCAACCUUGCGAUAGCCGACCUUUUAACGACGGCCUUCACGAAUGUACCAUUUACUCUUGGUCAGGCGGAACAUACGCCAUGCGAAGUUUCUAUUGCAUUUCGUGUUGCCGUAGUAAUAAUGCACAUUUCUGUGGGCGCUUCGCUUGUGACUCUAACUUUCCUGAGUAUCGAUCGAUGCUUUGCCAUCUGUAACCCUCUCAGGCACAGGACAUUCGCGACCUUCACGAAAUUAAAGCUGGUCCUUCUUAAAAUAUGGAUCGACUCUCCGGUGUUGCCAAUUUUACUAGAAAUUUACCCGCACAGUCCAUACCUAUGGUAUGUUCCUGCUUGCGCUCUCCUGUUUUGUUUUGCCAUAAUAUUAACAUGUGGUGUCUUCACCAUCUUUUAUGUACGAAAGAUGUCGUCCAGAAUAACUGACUUGCACCAAAACCACGAUGGUGGCUCCAGUUGUGGCCGUAUGCGACACAGAAACAAACAGGUUGCCAAAACGACCGCGUUAGUUAUAUUUUUGUUUGUUUUCAGUUGGACGCCGUUUAUAGUAGUAAGACUGUUAAAACGUUCUGUAGUUUUGGAAUAUUGGUUUGUAACACUUGCACUUUCUAGCUCUGCAGUGAAUCCAUUUAUCUACUUUUAUCGACAUAGAAAUUAUCGCCAGGCGUUGAAAACAAUAUUAAGACGGUAAGAUUUCCCGAAAACUCAAGGAUAUUAUUAUGAACAAAGUUAAGUUUAAGUUAUUUACCAACAAACAUUUUGUUAAUCUUGUUAGUGAGUCACCGUCCAGUUACAAAUUGAUUUCAGUUCUCGGUAACCGGGAAGGAAAUUUUUCCAUAUGAACCCGUGCUCCAGCCUGGGAGACCGGGACGAACCUUCUCUUCGCUUUCGUAACAUAGCGGCCAAAAUGGCGUAAUUUUUGCCCAGUAUGUGUUUCCUCUUUAGAAGUAUGGAAAUUAGCUUUAUAAUUAAAGUUACAAGAGUUCACAAAGCUACGAUAGUCGCGAACGGAACAAGUUUAUGUUCCACCAUUUUGGUUUUGUUUUUUGAAGUUUCAUCCCGCUCGACUGAGCUGAAAUAUUCCGAGCCAGCCCGGUUACCAGGCUCAUAUGAAGAGGCCUCGAGAGACUCAGACUUUUUUAGGUAUAGAUUUAAUACCGCUAGACACGAUAAACUUUCCACUAUAUAUUUAGGACCACUAAUGUGGUCAAAAUUAUAUCGAACAGGAACAAGGUUAUAACUUGGUUAUCAACAUCGAGAGAAAAUGAGGGGACAGCGAGGGACAUUAAGGGCGUUGGCUGGUAUAUGUCGAUUCCACUAAAGUUAUUUUUAGUUUUAUACGGAAUUGACAUAUGCCAAGGCCUGAACUGGGAGCCUCCCUCUCUGUCCCCUCAUUUUCUCUUGUCAGCAUUUAAGAGGAAUAAGGAACUGGCUAGUUUAAGAGCUGAGAAUAAAGCAUAAUUUACCACCUUUGCCACGUUUGAGGCCCGACUUCCUCUACUGGCAGACCCUGAAAGCAUAAGAUGCUUUUAUAAAUCUUUUGAUUAUUCUUAGAUUAAAGUAUUAAGCUAUUGUAAUAAACAUUUCAACUAAAUUUUGUAAAUAUUGUUCAGCGAAAGUUCAGUUCAUCUAUUUAUUCAAUUUUAAUUAUAUAUGAAUGAGUAUGCAUUAAGUCUUUUAAAAUAAGUAAGUUAUCCCCAAAGACUAGGCUCCCUGUAACCAGCGAGUAG